UUAUUAAUCUUUAUUAACAUAAAAUGACUUCGAAUUAUAUAAACUUUGCUUUUGCAUUUGUUUUACUGUUAACAACAAUAAAAACGGAAUAUUUAGGAUGCAAAAAUCAACAUUUUGAAUUAAAUGAUGUAGAAAAUGCGUCUGUGAUAAUAGGUGGUUUGUUUCCAGUUCAUUACUGGCAUCAAAAGUAUCAAAAAUAUGUAUUGAAUAAACCUGGACUUUUAUGGGUUGAAGCAAUGAUAUUCGCAGUUGAUGAAAUUAAUAAAAGCAGUUUUUUACAAAAUGAGAAAGUUGGUUAUCGCAUUCAUGAUAGCUGCAAUAACAUAAGCAUUGCAAUUGAAUCCGCAUUAGAGAUUACUCAGGGUUUCACUCCUUAUAAUGCAAUGGACGGUAAAGACGCUUGUCAAUGUAACUCACUCAUCAAAAGAGCUGUAGCUUUAGUUGGUGAUGCAGCAUCUGACACUUCGGUCAAUGUGGCAGCCAUUUUAUCUUCAACUGGGACUACUCAGAUUAGCUAUUCAGCAACAUCAACUGAUCUUAAUGCUAAUUUAUAUCCUACGUUUUUACGGACAAUACUACCGGAUAAUUUUCAGGCUGUUAUGAUCGCUGACUUAUUAUUGCAUAAUAAUUGGACAUACGUAAGUGUCGUUGCAUGUGACGAUGAUUAUGGUAGAGUAGGAUUUAGUGAACUACUCUCAAGACUACAAGCCAAAGGAGUUUGUAUUGCAGUUAAAGAGAUUUACGAUAUAAAAGGUGACCCUAACACAUACCAAAUGAAACUUAUAAUAAAAAAACUUCUAAAGGACAAAAAAGCAAAUAUAAUUGUUCUUUGGUGUCAAAGACCGGAAGCGCUUCGUUUUUUAAAAACUGCUGAAUCAUUAGAUUUAUAUAACAAAACCUGGAUAGCUACAGAAACUUAUGGUUUCAGCGACGAGAUAUAUGAUAUAAAUCCGAAUGUUGUAAAAGGAAUGCUUGGAAUAAUUCCUUUGCAAGUUUCAUAUAAACCUUUUGAAUCCAGACUAAAAUCUAUAACCCCUAAUUCGGUAUACAAAAAUCCAUGGAUUCAGGAGUAUUGGCAAGAAUUAAAUUGCACCACAAAUAGCAAAGCUAAUUGCUCUAAAUUCAGUUUAAACGAUCUACCUAAAAGCAAGUAUGCAGAAGUUAUACAUGCAGUUCAGUCAAUAGCAACGGGAUUACAUUCGUUUAUUAAAGUUGAAAGUUCCUUGACUAUAAAACCGCAAAAACUUUUAUCAUAUAUAAAGAACGUCAGUUUUAUUGGAAUAAAUAACUUAUCAAUAUCUUAUGACGAACUAGGAAACCCCAGAACAGCAGGUUAUUCUAUAACGAACUUAAAACAAAAUGAUAAUAAAAAACUGUUCUGGGAAGUUGUUGCUUCUUGGGAUUAUUCGUCGCGAAAAAUAAAAUUAAUUUCCAAUAAGCAAAUAAUAUAUUCUGGAGGUUUAGCAAGUUCCCCAUUUUCAUCCUGUAAAGAAAAAUGUAAACCAGGAUAUUUCGCACUUUCAUUUGAAAGUUCAUGUUGUUGGGAAUGUGUGAGAUGUGCAAAUGAUAGUAUACAGCCUUUAUUUGGACAAGAUAAUUGUUCUAGUUGUACUGGAAACAAAAUACCGAACAUGAUGAGAACAAAAUGUGUUAUACCUAAAUUAAUAUGUAUUAUGGCAGAUAGCAAAGAAGGCGUUUGUUUGAUUCUUUUUUCUGCUAUUGUAUUUCUGUUAGCUUUAUUUUCUGCCGUUACAUUUCUCAAGUAUAAAGAAACUCCUAUUGUAAAAGCUUCAAACAUAAAUCUAUCUUUAAUGCAGCUUUUGAGUAUAAUGUUUACUUUAAUGUUGCCAUCCUUUUGUAUUCAAAAGGUAACUACUAAAAGUAUUUGUAGUGGUCAGUUGACUUAUUUUGCGUGCUUCAACUCAAUUACAGUUUCAGUGACCUUCAUUAAAGCUGAUCGUUUGUUAAGAAUAUUCAAUUGCAGUAAAUCAGGACAUUUACCGGGUCGUCUAAGAAAUAAGACUAUUGUCCAAACAUACUCACAAUGUUUUUUGUUGUUAAUUGCAAAACAAUUCUUACCAGUUGCUGUUUUAACAUUUACGAGUAUUGUCUUGUGUAUUGUUUUUUUCUUUUCUUUUCCAAUUGAAGUGAGCAGCGAAUUGACAGUUCUGCAAGAUGAUGACAUAAAAAUUGAAUAUUUUUGUGGUGGCUAUUAUGAUAUAAUUUUGUUUUCCGUAAUAGCGUAUGUAGUUUUAAUAGCAUCUAUUUGUGGAGUAUAUGCUUUUAAAGCACGUAAUAUGCCUGCUACGCACAACGAAGCGCAAUUAACAUGCUUAGCAAUCUUUCUAUUUAUGAUAUCAUGGUUGUUAUUUAUUCCAACUUACAUGAGUGCAGACGAUUAUAAACAAAAACUUAUAGUUUGGUGUUUUAUGUCUAAUAUAUCUACGUCGUGCUUCUUUCUUGCUAUGUAUACACCAAAACUGUAUUUUAUUUAUUUUAAAGCAGAUGAAAACACAAAUGCAAGAUUUAGAGCUAAAAUUACGCAGUUUAUUUUCACUAAUUUAAAUAUUGAUGCAGAAACCGAUUUAGCGGAAUAAUUUUUUAAGUUUGACACAAAAAUAUUUAUAUAAAUUAUUUAUGUAAAA